AUUUGAUCAUGUAAUUUUAUUGCGGAGUAAUAUUCCAAAUAACUAGUGUCCUAUUUAUAGUCUUGAUGACUAACUUUACAUUGACAAGCUUGACGUCUUUUUUUUUUGUUAGCUGACAUUUAAUGUCACACUUCUUCCAAUAAGGUUUCGAAUAAAAAUCAUAUGACUGAAUUCGCGACUACUGCGCCCAUAAAUUGAUUGUGUCACUGAUCAGAUCCCUAUAUAAAACUAAAUUAUUCCCCAAUUCGAAAAAAAAUCUUUUUCUUUCCUCAUUUAUCGUUGUGAUACAAAAUAACCAUAAAAAUGUCUAUCGAUGGUACACGUAUUACACUUUGGUGCUUUGUGCAAGGAAGCAGUUCAAUUUUCAAAGUUAAAAUUGGAACGAAUAAUGAUAUUGACGACCUUAAAAAAGCUAUUAAAAGUUGUGGAGUGAUUAAUGUCGCUUCAAUUAGUGAUAUUUCAGAGGAAAUGUUAAAUGAUGAUAAUGAAUUAGAAGAUGAAAGAAAUGCAACUGUUGUAUAUGAUAACUAUAAUGAAACUGAUCCAAUCGUCUUUGAAGGAGAAAAAGGAGCCUUUACUAGUUACAGCAUUAGCAUAAAAAUAUAUCUGCAAAACAAAGAUGUUGAAAGGGCUAAUGAUGUAACUCACCACAAUGAAGCAAUUAAGGGUAGUAAAGGGGAUAUUUUUGAUGAUAUUGUUGAAAAUGACAACAAAGAUGAAAAUGGCAAAAUUCCUUAUACGAUAGUAACUAUAAAAUUUGCUUCUGAUUAUGUGAAGGAACAAGUAACUGACCAACUUGAAGAGCGAAUAAGAGAAAGACUUCUUGAACAAACUAAACAGGCAUAGGCAGUCCACUCUUGGGGACCUCAUUUGAGUAUAUUGCUCACAAGAUAUUGCGGAAUGGAGAUGAGGUCUUUCAAUUGCAAAAGAUCAUCCCAACAAAAUGAGUGGUUUGAAAACUCUAUACAACAAAUUUGGUGGCAAGUCAGCGAAUCAUUUAAUAUACUAUUAUUUAUGAUGUUUAUAAAAUACAGGAAUUCGUUAACUCUGAUGGUGAUGAUGCCCAGGUCAUACCAUGUUGGAUUAGUAAACGCGUUUUCCAAUAUGUUUUAAAAUUAAGCUAUAAAUAAAAUCAUCAGGCUAACAAUUUGAUUUAAGAUUAUUUGAAAAAUUUCAGGUGAAAUAUUUGGUAAUUUAAUAUGUACCAAAGUUCCAUCAUUUUUUUUUACAUUUGUUGAUAAAAUUCUUCGUAAAUAAGGAGAGCGAUAAAUUAAGAUGACCAUAUGAGCACGAAAUACUUUUACGUAAGGAUCUUUACCGACUUCAACAGUAACAUC